AAGCGAUGACCUGACAAACAAGAGGACGGCAAUAAAUAUGAUAAUCUUUCUACCAACUCAGCGGCCGACGCGGCGGAGCCAAUUCAAUGCCCUUGAGGCCUUAACCAACUCUCCCUCAACUAAAGCGACGUCGUUAGUACCCGGCUCAGCCUCUAUGACUCAAAAGCCUAAUAGAACAAUCCAGCUCCAGCACGCACUCACUCACUCGCAUACAUGAAUGACUGGCCUGUGAGUCCGUGACCUCCAUGUCAUUCUUGACCUUUCGCUAUCUUCUCUCUUUCCAUUUCUCUCUCUUCUUUCAGAUUGUGGAUUUUCCACUUUUGCUCUGCAAACCGCCACUGAGCAGCCACCAACACUGCCUCGCCUCUCUACGUCCUAGCUUCUCGCAUUACCUUCCUCCAUCCUCUCACUACUCUUUGCAUUUUCUACCCAAUCUAGCACCACAGCUUUCUUGAAGACUUUGGCUUCAAUCUGCAGAAGACUUUGCCUUACUUUAUUGCUGAUCUUUCUUAAAUAGAUUCCACUACCCUUUGCCGGCCAAAGUUGGAAGAGAAUUUUAUGUGUAAACCAUGUUGAAGCAAUUGACCGGCAGAAACCAGAGAACCAAAGGCUUCAAGGUAAAGAAUAGUCUUCAGAUAUUUGUUUUGGUUGCUGGUUGCCUCUGGUUGCUUUAUCAGUUGAAAUACUCUUAUGAUAAAAAGAGCGAGUAUGAGCAAAACCCUAGAACGACACUUGAAAAGCUGCAGUUCCAGCAUGAAAACCCAAAGCUUGGAAGAAAAGGCUUUCAGCUAUGGAUAAAGAAGCCAGAAGAUUUGAUAGAUGAUGCAGAAGAGAUGAAGCCUGAAAAAAUCAAGGUCAGAAGAGGCGGCCGGUAUGAUGAAAUGAAUGGACAUGAUCAAUAUAAAAUGGAAGAGGAAGAUUCUGAGGAAGUAGAAGACCUGAUCGAUGAAGAAGACAAGGAGACGAUAGAGGAAACUGAAGAGGAAGAGGACGAGGAUAUGGGACAAAACAUUGGGGAUAUUAGCUCAUUGAAAGAUAAAAGCCACGAUGAGGGUGAAAAAUACGGAGACAAGGAAAAUAAAAAUGGUGCAUCCAGGGUUAUGAUGAGGAAAACACAAAGCACAGGUGCUGAAUUUGAAUUUAGAGGUUUAGAAAGUUCGGAAAAGGCUCGAAUAAUAAAGCAACAGAACAAAAUCACGGCCGCCAGCAAAGGUCUUGUACCAAGAACUGAGUCAAUUCCUAAAAUCGUAGACAAAGUGAAAGCUGAAUAUGGUUCUUUCCAAACUGUGCUUGCCAGAAGAAAAGAUCACAUGCUUGAUUUUUCUGAUUCAGAAGCUGGGUCCAGUUCUGAUUCAUUGCUUAAAAUGGAAACGAUUAAACCCAGAGCAUACCAUAAUUUAGCACGAAUAUCGAUUGAAGCUAUUGGUUCUUUACAAGGAGCAAAUGCUGAUGAAAAUGAGAAGGCAAGUGAUCGUGGAAUUGGUGAAGAAGUUAGUUUGAAAAGAGCUCGAAGCCUAUAGUAAAAGGGGAAAAAGUCAUCUUAUCGUUGAAAAAGAAGUUGAUGGCUUUUGAACUAGUUGGAAAUCGCAGAUUGUUUUGCAAUGUUGGAACAAUGUUUUCAUACUCUCUCUCCCCAGCUACAUAUCUAUUGCACAGCAAGCCUAUAGGUUUAGACGACAAGGCACGGUGAAGUUGCCGUCAAUGAAUAAUGUGUUCGAAAAAGUGGUAGUGCUGGAAAAAACAAGCACAAGCAUCUUUCUACAAAGUUCUAACUUUUGGCUAAACUGCUUUUUGAGCAUAUCAAAGGUAGUUCCAACCCAACCACGCUGCAAGUAGUUGCUUUCAGAAUAAGAUCUUGGUACCAUGGUGUUGAAUGUUAGUGAAACAUUUUCCUUUUAUCUUGUGGCCGAGGAAUAAUGUUUUGCUUUGGCUCCCACCCUCCCCACCUUGUUUUGUUGGAUAUUUUGCUUGUUACCCACGCAUAUUGUACAAAUGUACAAUUUACAUGCUCUGGCAAAAUAGUGAGGCUUUUUAUUAAUCUUGUAAUGGCUGCUCAAAAUAGUGGCAAGUGCCGAGUUACCUUUGUUAACCAA